CUCGACGCUGUGGAGGGCGGGGCCGGCCGCUCGUAAAACAAACAGGCCUGGCGGGGUUUCGAGGACCCGGAUGGUCCCGCCCCCAGACUAGAGCCGGAAGAGGGCGGGACGAACCGGAAGAAGGUGAAAUGCUUUUGCCAGGCACUUCAUGGCCGUGAAGAUGGCGGCGGCUGCGUGGCUUCAGGGGCUGCCUGUCCUCCUCCUUCUUCUUCUCGGGGCACAGCCGCCCCCAUUGUCGCUUUUCGGCGUAGGACCGUCACCCGUUUCUGCCACCGACCGCUCUAAGUGGCACAUCUCGAUCCCGUCGGGAAAAAAUUAUUUUAGUUUUGGAAAGAUCCUCUUCAAAAAUACCACUAUCUUCCUGAAAUUUGAUGGAGAUACUUGUGAUUUGUCUUUGAAUAUAACAUGGUAUCUCAAAAGUGCUGACUGUUACAAUGAAAUCUACAGCUUCAAGGCAGAAGAGGUGGAGACAUAUUUGGACAAACUUAAGGGGAAAAAAGGCUUGUCUGGGAAAUACCAAACAUCAUCAAAAUUAUUCCAAAACUGCAGUGAACUCUUUAAAACACAGAGCUUUUCUGGGGACUUUGUGCAUCGAUUACCCCUUUUAGGAGAAAGACAGGAGGCUAAGGAGAAUGGAACGAAUGUUACCUUUACUGGAGACAAAACUGUGAUGCAUGAACCAUUAAAAACUUGGCAAGAUGCACCAUACAUUUUUAUUGUACAUAUUGGCAUUUCAUCCUCAAAGGAACCAUCAAGAGAAAAUUUACUAAGUAAUCUUUUUACCAUGACUGUUGAAGUAAAGGGUCCCUAUGAAUACCUCACGCUUGAAGAGUAUCCAUUGAUGAUUUUUUUCAUGGUUAUGUGUAUUGUAUAUGUCCUGUUUGGUGUUCUGUGGCUGGCAUGGUCUGCCUGCUACUGGAGAGAUCUCCUGAGAAUUCAGUUUUGGAUCGGUGCUGUCAUUUUCCUGGGGAUGCUUGAAAAAGCUGUCUUCUAUGCAGAAUUUCAGAAUAUUCGAUACAAAGGAGAAUCUGUCCAAGGAGCCCUCAUCCUGGCAGAGCUGCUCUCAGCAGUUAAACGCUCAUUGGCUCGAACAUUGGUCAUCAUAGUCAGUCUGGGAUAUGGCAUAGUCAAGCCUCGCCUUGGCGUCACUCUUCACAAGGUUGUGGUGGCAGGCGCCCUUUAUCUUUUGUUCUCUGGUAUGGAAGGGGUCCUCAGAGUUACUGGGCAGGCCCAGACUGAUCUUGCUUCCUUGGCCUUUAUCCCCCUGGCUUUCCUAGACACUGCCCUGUGCUGGUGGAUAUUUAUCAGCCUGACUCAAACAAUGAAGCUAUUAAAACUUCGGAGAAACAUUGUAAAACUCUCUUUGUACCGACAUUUCACCAACACACUUAUCUUGGCAGUGGCAGCAUCUAUUGUGUUUAUCAUCUGGACAACCAUGAAGUUCAGGAUAGUAACUUGUCAGUCGGAUUGGCGGGAGCUGUGGGUGGACGACGCCAUCUGGAGGUUGCUCUUCUCCAUGAUCCUCUUUGUCAUCAUGGUUCUCUGGAGACCAUCUGCAAACAACCAGAGGUUUGCCUUUUCACCAUUGUCUGAGGAAGAGGAGGAGGAUGAGCAGAAGGAACCGAUGCUUAAAGAAAGCUUUGAAGGAAUGAAAAUGAGAAGUACCAAACAAGAACCAAAUGGAAAUAGUAAAGUAAACAAAGCACCGGAAGAUGAUUUGAAGUGGGUAGAAGAGAAUGUACCUUCUUCUGUGACAGAUGUAGCACUUCCAGCCCUUCUGGAUUCAGAUGAGGAACGAAUGAUCACACACUUUGAAAGAUCCAAAAUGGAGUAAAUAAUGGAAGGAUUUGCAGUUGAAGAUGGCUAAUGUCUGGGGGGAGAUCAGCCUCUGUGUCAGUCUUCUACACUGCUCCAUGGGAUUAAAGGAGGCAGUGACAUCCUGAUCUGUUCCUUGAUCUUUGUGCAUUAGAGCUGGCGAGAAGUGUCAGAACAAGGAGAACAUCUUAUUGAAAACAAGUUCAUAGGAUGAGAAAAAUCUACCUUUCUUAUUUACGACAUGAUGUCCCUUUCCCUCCCAUAUCCUGACAUGGAUGUUUAUGCAAUUUAUGUGUGUUGUUCCUGAGUCUUCUAUAAUAUUUAAAUUGUUUAAUCUGUCAAACUAAAAAAAUUUAACAUCUUCUAAAGAACUACGACAUCAGUGCUGUAAUACGUAAUCUCCAGGAGCAACUGCCUGUAAUUUUUAUUUAUUUAGGGCGUUACAUAGGUGAUGGGGGGAAAUUGUUAAUUAUCUUUCCUUUCCUGGCUAGCCAAGGUUACAUCUUGCAAGGGUAGUUUUGAGAGAGUCCUUCUGCGUUAAGGAGAGCCAUGGUCUAGCAAUGAUUCAAAGAAAGAAACUGUUAUAGUGUGAUUCAGAUCAUUUAAAAAAGCAAAAUCAAGUGCAAUUUUGUUUACAAAUGGUGUAUAUUAAAGAUUUUUCUAUUUCAGAUGUACUUUAGAGAGAAAUAUUAGUUUAACUCUUUUGACAUCUGUUAUUGUGACACAUCCCAUUGCUGGCAAUGUGGUGCACACUCCAGAACUUUUAACUACUGUUUUGUAAGUUUCCAGGGCAGCAUUGCUGUUUGCCUUCAUGCCAUUCACUGGGUGUUGCACUAGAUGCAGAGGCUCUUCAUCUAAGUGCUUAUGAGUAAGCUACUUGCUACAGGUACUGUGAUGCUUCAGGAGGAGGAGCUGAUACAAAGGAGACAGGUCAUUCUGGCUUAAUUUAAACCAUUUUUCACUCCAUUUAGUAGUAUGGAGGCCCUGGACUUGCUGCUCAUUGUUUAGGAUUGACUAUUCUUGUAACUGGUGUUGGUCUUAGGGACUGUUUAUAAGAGACAUCACAAGGUGAUGGGAUUCAUUUGAAGCACUAUGUUUGUUUUAAUGGUUUUAUCCAAUUUUGCCUUUCCAAGAUUUUUGUUCUACAUAGAAAGUUCAUGCCACUUUUUAAUAUAAAAAAAUUUUAACAAAAUUGUU